GAGUUUUAUUCAUCUAAGUUUUCAUUUUACAAAUUAUAUUUCUAUACUUCGUUAAAGUAUAAGCCUUCACUGAUAUCAGGUACACUUCACAGGUACUAUAUCUUACAGUAACUAUUUCAUAAAAGGUUUUUCAUUUUAAGAGAAGAGGCAUAAGUAAUUUGUAUUGAAAAACCACGUUACCGAGUAUCUUGUGAAUUAGAUGAUAAUUAUUAAGAAAGUUCAGGAUUUUGCAUAUUGCAUGAGAAUGUUUUUCGUUCAUGGUAAUGAUGAAAUAACAACUAUAGAGGAGGCUAGUGAAAACACUCCAUUGAUAGCACCAUCUGCACCAACUUAUCCCAGAGUUAAGCCGAAUUCAUGGAGGAGAUACAUAGAAGUAGACAUUAAAGUACCUCGGAUACAAACAAUAACAGGAAUACUAUUGGGGUUGCUUUUAUUGGGAAUGAUAGUGAUGCUUGUGGCUGAAGCUAUUAGAGAAAAUCGACAACCUGAUCCAUUCCUUGUAGAUUAUUCUACAUCGCCAUCUCCUUUUGCUGGUUUCCUAAGAUUACCGAACAAAGCAUUUCACCAAGCUUGGGUCGAAGGUGAAGGUAUUGCCGCUUAUAGGAGAAAUUUGGAAAAAGUUCUUUUCGAAAAUGGAAUUUUGCCAAAGAGAGGAUCUCCAUCAUCCACUCUACAAAAGUUUCAGAAAGGCAACGUUGAUGUUCAAGAAUUAGAAGAUUGCGGCCUGAUUGUUGAACACAUGAAAAAAGCAUUAGGAGGAUGCAUUGAUGUAGCCAUGUUGCCCGAUCAUUGUCAACCAGAUACUCCAACAUCGUGCAGUUCUACAUACCCUUACAGAACUUUGAAUGGAAGUUGUAAUAAUCUGCAACAUGCUGAUUGGGGUAUGGCUAUGACUGCUUUUAAAAGACUACUGAGACCUGAUUAUGCAGAUGGUGUUUCACAACCUCGAAUGUCCGUAACAGGAGAUGAACUUCCAAAUGCUCGAUAUUUAAGCAAUAAACUAUAUACACAUCGUUCAAGACCUAAGUGCAAUGCUACUGUUUUAAUAAUUUAUUUUGGUCUCUUUGUUGAUCAUGACGUCAUCAGCAUAGUGAGCAAACAAGGUCAUAAUGGUGCUCCAAUUUCAUGUUGCCAUCCAGACAUUAUUGAAAAUCCAUCUCUCAUGCACCCUGAAUGCAUGGCUAUAAGUGUUCCUGAAGAUGAUACAUUUUACAGACCUCUUGGCGUCAAGUGUCUGGACUUCUUACGAUCUAUUCCUGUUCCUGGAGAGUGCCCGGGAGAAAGAGAGCAAAUGAAUUUAGUAACUUCAUUUUUAGAUGCUUCUGGAGUGUAUUCGUCCUUUUACGAUAAGAGUAAUUUUCUGAGAUCUCACAAAGAUGGUCAAUUAAGAGUUUGCAAUAUUAAUAAUACAGAAAUGCUUCCACCCGCUCAUCAUCUCAGUUAUCAAUGUGGUUUUCCAAAACAAAAUCAAUACUGUUUCCAAGCAGGUGAUAUGCGAGCCAAUGAACAAGUGGAAUUAACAGCUAUUCAUGCGAUAUGGAUGAGGGAACAUAAUCGAAUAGCCGAGAGAUUUCAUUCUCUCAAUCCUCACUGGAGUGACGAAAAAUUGUUUCAAGAGAGUCGAAGACUAGUUAUAGCAGAACUGCAACACAUUGUUUACAAUGAAUUCCUGCCUCUUUUACUUGGUGAAGAGGUGGCAAAUGACUACAAUCUAAUUAUCGAUCCUCAAAGAGGAUUUGAGUACAACACUGCAGUAAACCCAAGCAUGUUUAAUGUGUUUGGUGCUUCAGCGUUUAGAGUAGGCCAUUCUCUAAUAGAAGGGAUGUUGGAUUUAAUAGGCCCAAAAUUCUCCUCAAUGAGACAGAUUCCUUUGCAUACUGCAUUUCUCAAUCCUCACAUUUUUUACGAGAAAGGAAUUGAUUUACUUCUACGAGGGUUGGUUCGAGAAAAAGCAGCAUCUGCUGAUAGUUACAUCACUGAUGAGGUUCGUAAUCGGUUGUUCCAACCCCACACUGGAAACCACGGAAUGGAUUUAGCUGCUAUUGGAAUUCAGAGAGGUCGUGAUCAAGGUCUUCCGAGUUAUCCGAAAUGGAGAAAAUUUUGUAAUCUAUCUGAAGUUAAUACAUGGGAGGAUUUGUUUCAAGCAAUGGAUUCAGAACACGUUCAAAGGUUACGAAAUGUUUACAGUUCCGUGGAUGAUAUCGACCUAACACCUGCUGCGCUCUCUGAAAAUCAUUUACCAGGAGCUUUAGUAGGACCUACUCAUGCCUGCUUAAUCGCCAGACAAUUUCAACACACUCGAUACGGAGAUAGAUUUUGGUUUGAAGCUAAAAACCAAGUUGGAUCUUUUACCCCAAGUCAACUGGCCGAGAUAUAUAAAUCAAGUGUGGCCCGCCUCUUCUGUGAUAAUUCAGAUAAAAUCGUAGAAAUUCAAGCAGAGGCAUUCAGGGUAAUAUCAGAUGAGAAUCCUGUUUUGCCUUGUUCAGAAAUCGCAAAAGUUGAUCUGAAGUUAUGGAUGGAAUGAGUCUCCUGCGUAUUUAAUGAAAUAGAAUCACAUCAAAUGGUGUGAAAUGAGAAACAAAAGCAAAACAAAAAAUAUGUGUUCAUUUUUAUUCAACUUUUUCAAGUUUCAAAUGAUGAGCGUAACCGAAGCUUGAAGUUGUAUGUGGCAACGAAAAAGUCAAGUCAUCGUUUUAGGAACUUUCAGUCAUUGUAAAUGUACAACAACUUUCUCAUGAACUAUUUCCCUAUUUUGAAUUUCAUAAUUACUUCACCUGACUUUUAAUUUCAAUUUAAAAGAAAUACAUUUUGUUUCGUUAUUCGUAUCAUUUCCUUGAAAAUAAUUCAGGUCAUUUCCAUGAAAAUGAUUCCAAUAUAGGAGUCAUGAUCAUAACCCCGCACCCCUUAAUGCCUAAAUUCUGUUGCUAAUGUGAUUUAUUUAACUUGAUAUUUAAUUUCAAUUAAGGAAAAGCCUUAUACUUUAGUUUUAAAUUUUAAUAAUUAGAUAAUUACUAAUAAUUUAACCAAUUUUAACACUUUCUCUUGCAGUUUUUUACUGUAUUCUAGGAGGAAAGUUUAAAAUAAAUUCAGUUUAGUUUUAUUUCUAGUUUUUUUUCUUCAAUUUCUUGAAGUUAGUGUUACAUUUAUUGUAUAUAUUUUUCUGCAUAAAUUUUAUUAGUUCUUUAAAUUAAUAGAAUACACAAUUAUCUUCGAAAUGCGUUAGAAAAAUAAGAAAAAAUGAUUCUAAGAGCAAUUUUGUUACUUCUGCAUUUAUGGCUUAAUUAAUGCUGCUUUCUAUAAGCAGUAAUAGAUAUUCUGAAAAAUUAUUUCUAGUGAAUUCAUAUGUUAAAAUUACAUUUCUGUUAUAGAUUUAGAGUUUUGGCGCAAUUUCAUUUUCUAUGUAUUUGUUGAAAAUAAAGUAUUUAUUUUGUUUUAUUGUA